GAAGACAGAAAGGAUUACCGACUGGUCAGAUAAACGAGAAAAACCAAUGACUGAGAGGCGAAGAUCAGUUUACGGCUGUUGAUCCAGAAUGCUGAAGACAGGAUGGAUCCCGCGGAUUAUCUGAGCUGGCUGUGCUGUGUCUCAGCUCUACCGCGCCCGUCACGCCCUCCCCGUCCCUGGGCGACCGACCCGACGCCAUCUGCUGCUUGGCACCCCCAUUAACACAACACCUCACCCCCCUUCCCCCCUUCCCCUCCGACGGGCAAAAGGCAAACUCUUCCUGCGUAAAUAUGCCUGGAUGGAAGUCUCACUGGCGUCUGGUCCUGCUCAACUCGCUGACCUGUGGCCUGGAAAUCUGCGUUGCUGCCGGGAUCACCUACGUACCCCCCCUGCUCCUGGAGGCCGGUGUGGAGGAGCAGUACAUGACUAUGGUGUUAGGCAUCGGACCAGUCCUUGGCCUCCUGUUCAUUCCUCUGAUUGGCUCAGCCAGCGAUCACUGCAACAGCAGCUACGGCCGACGGAGACCUUUCAUCUGGCUGCUCUCCCUGGGUGUCCUCCUGGCCCUUUUCAUCAUCCCCCACGCAGACGUGCUGGCUGCCCACUUCAGCUGGGGUAGCAGCCGCCGAAACCGUGCUUUCCAGCUGGGCCUCCUCAUCCUGGGCGUGGGUUUGUUGGACUUCUGUGGGCAGGUGUGCUUCACGCCUCUGGAGGCCUUGCUCUCCGACCUGUACCGCGACCGCGAGGACUGCGGCCAGGCCUUCGCCAUGUUCUCCUUCAUGGUGAGCCUGGGCGGGUGUGUGGGAUACUUACUGCCGGCGUUGGACUGGAGCGGAGGCCUGCUGUCCUUCUAUCUGGGCGGACAGGCCGAGUGCCUUUUCUCCUUGCUGAUCCUCAUCUUUGUCCUAAGCGUCCUGGUCACCAUGAAGGUAUCGGAGGAGCCCGUCUGCUGCAAGACGGCGGCUCUGGAGCCCAGCUCGUUGGAGGUGGGCCGUCGCGUGCCGCGUUCCUGCUGCUACCUGCUCCAGUGUAAGCUGCGCCCGCUGAAGUCCGGGCCGCUGCUCUGUCUGCUGAGGACCUGCUGGUCCAUGACACCCACCAUCUACCGCAGCUACUGUCACCUGCCCCGUGUCAUGAGGCAGCUGUGCGUGGCCCAGCUGUGCAGCUGGAUGGCCGUCAUGUCUUUCAUGCUUUUCUACACGGACUUUGUGGGCGAGGGGCUCUAUGAAGGGGUACCCAGUGCCGCUCCCGGUACGGAUUUGAGGCAACGCUACGACGAAGGCAUCCGAAUGGGCAGCUUGGGACUUUUCCUGCAGUGUGCUACCUCAACCUUCUUCUCGCUGGUCAUGAGUCGUCUGGUGUGCGUCUUUGGCUCCAGACGGGUUUACCUGAGCAGCAUGGUGAGCUUCACUGUGUCUGCACUGGUCAUCUGUCUCUCCAAGAGCAUGAUCGUGGUCACUGCCAUGUCGGCUCUCACAGGCUUCGCCUAUGCCACCCUGCAGACGCUGCCUUACACACUCACCUGCCAGUAUCACAAAGAGAAAGAGGUGUACAUGCCAAAAAGCAAAACCAAAAAUCUGCACAAGAACGGGAUUACAAUCACUCACGAAUCUGUCUCUCUGACGAUGGACAAUGAGUUAGGAGAUCUGAACUGUAAAAACAGUGGUGCAAACGGGCAUGCUUACCACAACCGGGACAGUUCAGACUACUACCCACCUCUGCACGGCCAAAAUAGCUCGCCCCCUGGUGGCCUGGAGUGUGAAGACUAUGAGAAACGUGGAGUGGGUCUAGACUUUGCCAUUCUGGAUAGCACCUUCCUGCUCUCGCAGGUCUUUCCCACACUUUUCAUGGGCAUGAUUGUCCAAUUCACUGAAUCAGUCACCGCCUACAUCGCCUCUUCCGCCAUAUUUGGCACUGUCGGUAUUUAUUUUGCUGGCCGCAUCAUUUUCGAACAGAAGGACCUCAAAAACUGAGCGACGCACACCGAAGGACCGCAUGACCAGAUCACAAGUGCUUUGUUUACUCUUAGUUUGUGUGGUUAUACUCUGGUUGAGAAGCAUUAAUGCUGUGUUUUCACAUGGGUGUGUACGCUAGAGAGUGUGAAUAGGUACAAGAACAAAGUUCUGGACUACGUACCAGGCUAAGAGUUUACAAUGCCACAAUUUAUCUGUCUUUGAGGAAAAAAAGCUGUAGGUUCUAGCUGCCCCAACAGGCUGCUCUCAGGUGAUCUUUCUGGAUAUUUCUAUAGUGUAUGCUAAUGCUUUGAGUCAUCUGCACCUUGUUUGUGGGUUAAAAAAACAAACAAAACAAAACAAAACACACACACACACACACACACAAAAACAAUCCCUCCAAAAAUCAUAAUCAGGGCAUUUGGCAGAAUUGUGGUUUUCAUUUCACCUCCUUUCGUUUUGUUUUGGAACGAACAGUGCCACGUCGUCAUCCCUGGCUCUCAGACUGACAAACUCCGGGACGGUCCACUCAUUCUGUCCUCCGAGGCCUAAGGCACGCAGAGCCAGCGGAGCCCAAGGCCUUACCGAGACUCAUCCUCAUCUAUCCUAAUGCUGCUCAGGUUUUCUCUUCACGGAUUUUUUUUUCUCGUAGCCUAGUAACUGUUUAUUUUUCUAUGAACACAGAAGCAUUUAUGAUUCAUUUUUACCCAAGCUUCACUACCCAUUGGAAAAUACCAGGACAGUUGGGACCAACAGAAACAAUGUCAAAACAGCGGGAAAGUGUCUGAAACGGCCCCAUAUGUUGUUGUUGCUUCUGUGUUAAAUUUCUAUUUUAGUGUAUAUAUUUUUGUAUAUGGAUAAUAUAUAUAUAUAUAUAGACACGGUGUUAUGUAUUGAUAUCCCUAUGGGAAAUUUUAACCUGUUUUGAUGAGGUCGUCGGUAUUUAACCUGUUUUGAUGAGGUCGUUGGUAUUUAUAUGGUGAUGCUACUAGCUUCAGGUCACGUCAGGUGGGUAAAAAGGACACAGAGGCAUUUUUCAGCAACUUUUAACGUGGUCACUAAUAUCCAUCAGUAUAAUUGACCAAAUUAAACCAGUAUCUCCAGUAUCUACAGUCUUUUGAUCACUGAAAUUAUCAGCCAACACGGAUAUAAACUACCUAAAAUUUUAGAUGUGUCUUUUUUUUUAUGCGCCUCAACUCUCUCUGAAUAAACUUUGUUUGGCUUAUGAACCAUUUCCAGUGUUCAUCACACUGAGGCAGUGCAGGGAAACUGGGUAACUGAAAAUGACUUCAAUAUUCAUUUUUGUUUCCCAGUGUUUUGUAGUACAUGUUUCAAGGUUUUUAAUUUUACAAAUUGGUCAGGAAUAUGUGUGUGUCUUUGUGUGUGCAUG